GACAGUUAUUGUACUUCGAUGAAAAUCACCAACUUGAUGUGUUUGGAUUACGUCGGCAGAUCGAACGAGUCCAAAAUCCGUCACUGUGGCAGAACUACCAGAUCAUGAAGAAACAAAUGGAGGUGAAGAAUAAACACACAAACAAUGAACUGCUUCUGUUUCACGGCACCACUGACACCUCCAUCCAUCUGAUCAACAAACAAGGCUUCAACCGCAGCUACGCAGGAAAACAUGCUGCGAUGUACGGCAACGGCUCUUACUUUGCUGCGGACCCUUGCUAUUCAGCAGGAAACUACGCCACGCCCGACACCAGCGGACACAAGCGCAUGUACCAGGCCAGAGUUCUAGUUGGAGACUACGCCCAAGGACAAAAAGGCAUGAUCACCCCUCCCCCGAAAUCUGGGAGUGCCUCAGACCUGUAUGACAGCGUCACAGAUGACGCUGCUUAUCCAACCAUGUUUGUGGUCUUCAAUGAUAUCCAGGCCUACCCAGAAUACCUCAUCACAUUUACAUAAAGAGCCAUGCUCCUACUGUGCAACAUGUCUGGGAGUCGGGUGUUUUAAUUUAACUUCAGUCUAUCAACUCUGUCAGAUAAAAUAAGACACUGUACGUCUUUGAA